AUGGAGAAGCAAAUUCGAGUGGAAUGUCCCGAGAACGAAGAGCUGGCGGCGUACUUGUGGACCAAGUGGCGAGAAAUGGCCCAAACACCGAAAGGGGUUUCGGAGAACAUCGACAUAACUCUUUCCAAGGCUUAUUCCAAUUUGUGCAGUUCAAAAAUGCCCAUUAGAAGCCUCAGAGACUUUGCUCAGAUCAAGGGUGUGGGAAAGUGGAUUUUGAGGCUCGUGCAAGGUUUUUUUGAGGUUGAUUCUGUUGCUUCUGAAAAUGAAGAGUUGACAAAAAAAGGGAAGAAAACUAAGGAAACCAAACGCUACAUGCCACAAAAGAAUUCUGUGGCCUAUGCAUUAUUGAUUACACUUUACAGGGGGACUUCAAAUGGGGAUGAAUUUAUGCUGAAACAAGAGCUAAUUGAUUCUGCUGAAGCAAGUGGGCUUUCUCGCACUCCGGUUGUGCCAGAAAAAGGUAAAGCGAAACCUGGACAAUUUGGAAGCUCACCUAGGGAUUGGUACAGUGGAUGGAGCUGCAUGAAGACGUUGAUAUCUAAAGGACUGGUUGUGAAGUCUAGCUGCCCCGCAAAGUACAUGCUGACUGAAGAAGGCAAGGAAGCAGCACGUCAGUGUCUCUUUAGAUCCGGGUUGGUUGAUUCCACUGAGAAGUUGGCUAUGGCAGAAGAAUUGUCGAAUUUAGACCAAAGCAAUAAGUCAGGUUUGGAGUUUUCUAAUGCUGAUCCAUUGAAGGAACUGAAAUUGCCAUCUGCUGGUUCAAGUAGUCGGAAGAAAUCAAUUGAUAUUCCACCUGAAUCUUUUGAUCGGUUUAUCAGCAUGGGGUACUCCAAGGGAAAAAUAGUUCGUGCAUUCACUGAGGUCUUAGAAACAUCCCAGAAUAAGGAGAUCUCUUCACUCUGGCCAGCUGUUUUAUGUCGUCUUCGAGAAGAUCAAGUUUAUGGUCUGCCUUUAAUGUCUCUGAAUACUCAAAGGGAUUGUCUUCCAUCAGCUUCAUAUAAGUCUACAGAUGGUGAAGGAGAUGAUCUUGUAAGUAAGAAAAGAUCAAUGGAUUCUGCUUGCACUGGGGCACUUCCAGAGCCCUCACUUUUCGUUAAUUCUACAUGGCGCUCUUCUAAUUUGAGAGCUUGUUCCUCAAUUGAUUAUCCUCUGCAUAAGGGAGAUACAGAUGGUUUGGAAGCUAAAACAAAUGUUCUAGCAAUGCCACCUUUAAUGUUUGGAGAGAGAUUUGAGGAUGUAUAUGGAGUGAUUUUGAUCUUGGAUGAUCGGGAGCAAUUUGCCACUCGGGGGUCACGGUCUAGGAAAAUUAUUGAAAACACUUGUUCUCAAUUCAAAAUUCAAAUUGAGGUUAGACGGUUGCCUGUGGGAGAUGGCAUCUGGAUAGCUCGGCAUAAAUAUCUAGGCAGUGAAUAUGUUCUUGAUUUCAUCGUUGAGAGGAAGAAAGUUGAUGAUUUACGUUGCUCAAUCAGGGAUAAUCGCUAUAGAGAUCAGAAACUGCGGCUGUUGAGAUGUGGACUCAAGAAGAUGAUAUAUCUGGUCGAAGGUGAUCCAAAUUCUUCUGAAGCUGCUGAGAGCAUCAAAACUGCGUAA